CGCGGCCGCGUCACAGGCCGAACAACCAAACAGAAAAGUUUAAUAAACAGCAGGCGGAGGGGCUGGUGGCGGCGGCCGGGCCGGGGCGAGCAGCGGUUCGGUGGCCUCACCUGUCCCCACUCACCGGCGGCGACCGGCGGCGGCGGGCAGCGCGUCAGGCGGAGAGAGCCGCCGCCAGGAAUGAAUCUGAAGUCUGCUGCAGUAAAACACUGAAGGCUUUAAAAUGUUUUCUUGCAUAAAACUCAAAGUUUAGCUGCUUAUGAGGAUAGGGAAGGCAGGAAGCUAAUGUCUGUCUCAAGAUACAGGACAGCUGUUUGCUCAUCAACCUCAACUGUCCCAAGAAACAGCAGGAAAGACAACCUGACAUAGGGAACUGGGGACUGCUAUACAGAGAGAGAACAACAAAGCAUCCUCAGUGCAGUAGAAACCCUAAUCCAAAGUCCCUAUACUUUUAUCAGAGUGUGCAACAGAGGAACAUGGCUCAAGAAACUAAUCACAGCCAAGUGCCUAUGCUUUGUUCCACUGGCUGCGGAUUUUAUGGAAACCCUCGUACAAAUGGCAUGUGUUCAGUAUGUUAUAAAGAACAUCUUCAAAGACAGAAUAGUAGUAAUGGUAGAAUAAGCCCACCUGCACCUUCUGUCAGUAGUCUGUCUGAGUCUUUACCAGUUCAGUGCACAGAUGGCAGUGUCCCAGAAACUCAGUCGGCGUUAGACUCUACAUCUUCAUCUAUGCAGCCAAGCCCUGUAUCAAAUCAGUCACUUUUAUCAGAAUCUGUAGCAUCUUCCCAAGUGGACAGUACAUCUGUGGAUAAAGCAAUACCUGAAACAGAAGACCUGCAAGCUUCAGUAUCAGAAACAGCACAGCAGCCAUCUGAAGAGCAAAGCAAGUCUCUUGAAAAACCAAAACAAAAAAAGAAUCGCUGUUUCAUGUGCAGGAAGAAAGUGGGACUUACUGGGUUUGAAUGUCGGUGUGGAAAUGUUUACUGUGGUGUACACCGUUACUCAGAUGUACACAAUUGCUCUUACAAUUACAAAGCUGAUGCUGCUGAGAAAAUCAGAAAAGAAAAUCCAGUAGUUGUUGGUGAAAAGAUCCAGAAGAUUUGAACUCCUGGAAUACAAAAUCCUUUGACCAUCUGCAAACUAAAAAUUGACUUGAGGUUUUUUUUCCUAGUCAUUGGGAAUGUAGAGCAAUGUAUCUUGCAUAGGCCUUUUAAUCAUGCAUGUCAUCAGAAGAAUAGAUUUUUGUUUUUGUUUUGAAAAUGACUCUGAACAUUUAUUUACAUUGCAGUUUCUGUGGCUGAAAAGACUUAAGUAAACUUUACAAGUAUUAUCCUUUUAAGAUCAUUUUAAUUUUAGUUGAGUGCAGAGGGCUUUUAUAACAAACGUGGAGAAAUGUCGGAGGGCUGUGAUUUUUCCAGUAUUAAACAUGCAUGCGUUAAUCUUGCAGUUUAUUUUCUCAUUGUGUAUGUAUAUAUAGCUUUUCUCUGCAGCACGAUUUCUCUUUUGAUAAAUGCCCUUUAGGGCACAACUAGUUAUCAGUAACUGAAUGUAUCUUAAUCAUUAUGGCUGCUUCUGUUUUUCAUUAACAAAGGUUAUACAUAUGUUAGCAUAUAGUUUCUUUGCACCCACUAUUUAUGUCUGAAUCAUUUGUCACAGGAGAGUGUGUGCUGAUGAGAUUCUAAGUUUGUGUGUUUUUAAAUUUUUUUGAGCGAGGGAAGGAAAAGCUGUAUGCAUUUCAUUGCUGACUGCAGGUUUCUUUCAGAUUACGUUCAUUGGUCUGUGUGUAUACAAUAUGAAGAAUGAUCUGAAGUAAUUGUGCUGUAUUUAUGUUUAUCUACCAGUCUUUGAUUAAAUAAAAAGGAAAACCAUAA